AUGCGGGAUUUCACCGUUGUCUUCCCAGUCUCGUUUGGUACUGGAAACCAGAACGGUUUCGUGGAGGUGGUCCAUGUCAGGGCGGACCCUCUGAGGGGGUGCAUUCCUCAGCAGGGCCAGCCGCCAGGAAGGGUGCGCCCGGGUCCCCAGGCGCCCCGCCCCAGCCUGGUGGGGGAGAAGGAAGGUGGCUCUGGAGGCACCUGUGAGACCCCAGGCCCUGCGCCUGAACCACGCUGCCCGGGACCCCAGGCUGCCCUGGCACGCGGCUGGGGCUGUCACCGGGAGCAGCCGUCAGGGCCCUGGAAGGCCCCGCGUGUGCUGCUGCUGCAGCGGCCCCCGGCCCGGGCAUUCACGCGGCUGGGCGUGCGGCGGGGGUGGGGGUGCCGUUUCCCCAGAGCAGGCGUGCUCCCUGCAGCAGCCACACCUGCCCGCCAGCGGGCGGGCAGCCUGGCAUCAGCUGAGGCAGAGGCCCCUCCACCGAGAGAGCCCAGCAGGCGGCGCCGACUCUGUAAAACUGUAUCACAUGAAGCAGCCUGGGCCAGCUGUUCUUGCUGA